CAGGUGAAUCAUAUAAUACAUUAGAGACUAUAUUUAAUAAUUGUCAAUACUUAGAAUUCAUUAGCGUUUGGUGUGGGAAAAAAGAUAUGACUGGAAUAUUAUUUGAUAUUGUUGCAACUUAUUCGUCAAAAUAUUUUUGUGAAUUAGUAUUGUACAAUUCAAAUUUAUACUUGAUAAAUUCAAAAGAUUUAGAAUUAUUUCUUAUAAGUUGGAAGAAUAGAAAACCAAAAAAAUUACUUACAUUAGUUAUUAUUAGGAAUACUACUAUUGAUGAGUAUGAGGAGUAUAAGGGGAAUAUUAUUAAUGAUGAGAAUAAUGAGGAUAGUCAUGAUGAGUUAAGUAAUCGUGAUCAAAAUUUGAAAAUAAUUGAAGAAUAUAAAAAGUUAGAUAUUAUUAAAUUUAGGAUUGAGAAUAUAAAGGAAGAAGAAGAGUCAGAAUAUUACUUUUAUUGAUGUAUUUUAUCUGUUAGAAUAUAUUUUGUUAUUAUUA